AUGGAGAGUUCUUGUUACUCCUCUUGUACUGAAGAGACUAAGGCGAGUUCUAGUAAGGCAAAGAAGAAGAAGGUGAAGAAAGCGAAGAAAGUGAAGAAGGAACUGGAUGCCAAGGGGAAGAAGUUUAUGGAUUUGUUUAAGACUACUGAAUUUAUGAAGGUUUACUCUAAGACUCCGAGAGAGUCUGAAUUGUCUGAAGUGUAUGAAGAUAUUUGUAAUAUUGUGUCUCCUAUAUAUAAGAGGGAGAUAGAUAAGAUAUUUGAUGAUUAUCAAGAUGAUCCUGUGACUGCUGUAAUGAAGCUUUGGACUUCAAAAUUAUUUAUAUCUGAACCAAUCAACUUAGCCCUUAUCCUAGAUGCAAAUGCCACAUUUGACUACGAUCCCGAUAACUUGAGAAAUUACUUCAGUCAACUUAAAACAAAAUACAAAAUAGAUUAUGAUGAAGUGCUCAAGUACUCUAUGAAAUUUAUAAGGAUGAUAAAUUAUUUCAUUGUUGAGUAUGCUACAUGAGAAAACACUAAAAAUAGAACCACCUAUGGCUUCAUCUCACAGGAAAUAUUCAAAAAUAAGGAAGUUGGAGAUACUUUUCGAAUUCCAACAUUUCAGCGUACUUCUGAAGACAAAGAAGGCGCCCUACAACUCCAGACUAUCGAAAAUUCUGGUGACUCGAUGUACUUAGCUAUUUACAGGAUCCCUAAAGGAUGCUAUAAUGCUGGAAAAAUUGGAGAGAGAAGCAAAUACGAAAUAGAGGAAGAAACUCUGAUUCCUCCUUACACUCUUUACACUGUAACCAAGAAGGAAAGGAAUGAGCUCUGGCUAGAUGUGUGAAAAGAUAAUAAAUCUGCAUAAUUUAAAAAUCUGGCAUCAGAAAGUUCCACUGUUUGCUGAGGUAGCAU